AUGGCAUCAAUCUCAUCUGUUCAGUCCUGGCCUCACGAAUAUAUUCGAAACCGCAUCAUACUCGAACAUCUUCUCAUGGGCACCAUGGGCAAGAAUAAGAACAAGAGCAAGAACAAGUCCAGGAAGUCGGACGAAAACUUCCGAAAAGAGGCCACAGAUGCUCCCGAGAAGCGAAUCGUACCUGUUACUGCUUCAAGCUUGACUACAUCCUCUAGCUUCGCUAGUCGAGACCCCUCGCCGACUCAUCGGACAUCCGAUAGUACUUCAGAACUACCGAUCCUCCCCUCCUGCAGCGGACCGGUCGGCCAGUCCAUACUGAAAGCGAACGACGAAAAGCGAGACUCGGUCAUCUCAAGCACGUGGGGAAGGGGCGGAAACAGUCGCUCGCAUCCAUGCUAG